AUGACGACCAUUAUCAGUGACUUAGCAGGGCCGCCGUCCGUCUCUUUCUUGGUCUCGAAUGCGUCGGUGGUGCCUCGUUCGAGUCUCACUCUUCUCUCGUCUUUGCCUGCAACUUCUCUGGAGGAAUUGGCUCAUGCUGCAGUCUCUGAGCUAACAACCACUGGACUCAAUCUCUCGAGCAGCCAACAGGUCGUCGAUGAGAAGCUCUGGACGGACACGGAGGCAUUUGCAGCCAUGUGUGUAAUCAUUGCUGUCUGGGCUCGAGAUGGAGACGCUCUGAUGCUUAUUGAGCAGCGACGACAGCAGCUUGAAGCUCUUGGAGUAGACGAUACAGAGCUGCAGACCAAGCUGCUGUCAGUCAUUCCAGCAGCUGCAUCGAGGGUGCGUCGUGUGCUUGACAGUACCAACUUUGACUUUGCCCAAGUCGUGGACGUGUCGUGGAGAUUGGAUUACGUGGUGCGAUCGAGCGGGGCUGGAAGUGUGCAAGAACCGCUGUACUUUGUGCAGCUGUAUGUGCAGUCGCCUCGUCCUUCUGGAGACGUGGGGCUUCAGACGGUCGUGUUGACGUGCUCGGUGGAAGAGCUGCGAGUGCUUGUGUAUCGCAUACAGGAAGCUGCGAAUGAAGUCGAAAAGCUGAUGACGGGAACGCCGUCGCAAUUUCGACAACGUACAAGCGCGUAG